UCACAACGUGUAAGCACUCUGACGUUAGUUUGCAUUUGAAUAACGCACCGUUACCGUUAGCAUAAGAGUUUAUAUACUUGUUGAUGAUCUAACUGUGUUUGUUGUCCAAACUUCCUCAGCAGGAGAAAUUCAAGUUGAGCGUCCUCAUCGGCAGCCUUGAUCAGAAUGAAUCAAAUCAAGUCAGAAGAGACGUAUGGGCCACCUGCACCUGUGCCGCUUUAUCCUACACCGAUUUACCAGCAGAGCAGCAAGAACCAGUGCUAUUGCUCUUAUCACGGAAGUCCUGCUGACAUGCAUCAAUGGGAAACACAGAGCCAGUCACCUAUGGAUAUGACCUGCACGCAAACACCACAGCCCCCUUCAAACACCUUUCCCCACCACCCGGAGAUGCACAAUUGCAUGCAACAGCAUCCUACAUACUUCCUAGAAGGCUCUUCAGGUGACAUGACUGGCUGCCAGGGCGUCGCAGGUGCCAGCGUCCACAGCUCUCCGAAGCCUGCAGUGGACCCCGAACAGAAGAGGCAGGUCCGCUUGAUGAAGAACAGGGAAGCCGCCAAGGAGUGUCGGCGAAAGAAGAAGGAAUAUGUCAGAUGCCUUGAAAAACGUGUGGAUUUGCUCGAAAUUCAAAACAGGACUCUAAUUGAGGAGCUGAGAGCCUUGAAAGACAUCUAUUCACACAAAGACGCAGGAGAGCUGAAGAGAAUCCAGGAAGAGGAAGAAGGAAUAUAUGAACUACCUUCAGGAUGGCAACAUCUUCCUGGAGAUGGAGAACUGAGCGAGCACCUGAAGGCCCAGGAGCAGCACUGCAAUAACACCCUUCAAAGCAUGGAAGUACUCCACCAGGAUAAUCCAAAAACGCCAUAACUUCUUUAACUGCCCUGCAUUUUACAUUCAGUCAUGAGAUUUUCUCUCCAUUAAAAUAUUAUAUUAACUCCUA